AUGGGGAUCGACCCACUGCAGCUCACCCCAGGCACGGUACGCGAGGCCCUGUGCCACUAUGCUUGCGAGCGGCUGCUCACUGUGCCUCUCCUCCACGAUCUCCGGUUCUCCAUAUCUCCAGCAACAGCUCCAGGCGAGGCCGAGCUGAAGCUCGCGGAGAUCAUGAGUCAUGAGCUGGAGCCUGGGGACAACAGCGCAGUGGAUGACACCGACCAGAGACGUCACUACAUGAUAGUGAGCGACGAUUCCGACCUCGUGCUAAUUGGUACGGCUUUCAAGGCCGAGGCCGACCUCUCGGACAAUCUCAACGCUGGGCUCUGCAUGUCCAGCUUGUAUCGGGUGGACGUAUCGGUUCUGCGCCGAAGCUCCGCUUCGUCUGGACCGGACUGCUUUGAGCGGUUCUCCACGGCCGGUUUCUUCGACCGGCUGCGCAGGUCGUUCCCUCACGACCCGCCGGGUCGCGUCGCCCUGGACUUCGUUUUCCUGGUCCUACUGACGGGCAACGACUACCUUCCCUGCCUGGACAAGGCCAAGAUACAGAACCUGUGGCGCACCUACCGUGCGCUGAAGGGCGCCGAUCCGCAAGACGACGACGCGGGCCACCAGCACGCGCUGGCCAUCCCUGUCGACAGCACGAGCGACGAUGACGAGGAAGAAGAAAACGAGAGCGUCAGCGAGUGCGCCACGAAAGAGAAGCCGCCGGUGGCGCGACGAGGUGAGGAAACGGACGCUAGUACAGCGCCGAGAGCACUUAGCCUGCCCUCAGCCGAGAUGUACCUCUAUGGUCUCGAGUGGAACAUGCGCAUGUACCUUGAUUUCCGGUGUCCCAACUACGAUUACUUCUAUCCCAGCUGGGACGCACCUUCUCCUCGCGCGCUGGUCGAGCGGCUGCAGCGUUUGGCCAGGAGGAAUCGAAUCGGCCCUCACGAGGUUGCAGCAACCAUCGGCAACCGCGAAGGCUCCACCAGACCACUGGCCGGCUGA